AUGUGUCGAGUAGACUUUCUUGCCAUUCACCAUCUUCAUCGAUUCGACAGAAACAAAUACAAAGGUGCCAUUUAUUUCAUCGCCGUGCAACCCAACAAGGGGGCGGCAGUGGACGCCGGCCCAGGGCCGCAAUCAGAGACGACAACCAAGCCAUCAUCGACGUCGCAAACCCCGUCAGAAAAACCGACGUCGCCAUCUAUGAUGAAUGCGCACUCUCCCAGCGAUACUGGCAGCGACGCAACGUUCGAUGAAUACCCCCGCGGCUUUCGACUUGUUCUUUUGGCUGGCGCAUCCCUCAUGGGUGCGUCAGUUGCCUACAUACAUCCCUCAUGGGUGUGUUUCUCAUCUCCCUGGAUCAAGAAACCGGCUUCUUUCCUCCACAUCCCUCUCAACACGGCUAAAAAGCUCAUUGUAAAGACUAUUGUAGGCACCGCAAUCCCCAAAAUCACAGCCGAACUCGGCGGCCUCAAAGACGUGUCCUGGUACAGCGCCGCCUACUUCAUGACCUUUGGCGGUCUCGAGGCUUCUUGGGAAGGCUGGACUUUUAUCGCGUCGCUCGCCAUCUUUGAGAUCGGGAGCCUGCUCUGUGGUGUCGCGCCCUCGUCUGUCGUCCUGAUCAUAGGCCGCGCCAUUGCCGGCGUCGACGCCGCGGGCAUCUCUGUCGGGGGGACCAGCAUCGUCGCGUUUAGCGUCCCGCCCAACACAAGACCGAUUUUGAUGGGGCUCAUUGGGCUGACGUAUGGACUGAGCUCCGUGCUUGGGCCGUUGAUUGGCGGCGCCUUCACCGAAAAGGUCACUUGGCGAUGGUGCUUCUACAUCAACCUUCCCGUAGGCGCGCUCGGAGUGGCUGUGGUCCUCAUCUUCUUUCAUCUCCCCGCGGCGGUGAAACCGCCACCGAUGCCUCUUUCCAAGAAGCUGCUGCACUUGGAUCCCGUUGGGAUAUGCCUCACAAUGGCGGCGAUUGUCUGCUUCGUGCUGGGGCUCCAGUACGGCGGCGUCGAGUAUCCCUGGCACAGCAGCCAGGUGAUUGGUCUUUUAGUUGGCUUUGGGCUGCUCACAGCUGCGCUGGUGCUCUGGUCCAUCUGGCUGGGCGAGUACGCUAUGAUGAUCCCGCGGCUGUUCCGCAAGCGCGAACUCUGGUCCAUCUGCCCGUACCAGUUCUUUUUCCUCGGCGACCUGCUGCUGCUGCUCUACUACCUCCCCAUCUAUUUUCAGUCCGUCAAGGGCGUCACCCCCAUUCAGUCGGGCGUUGACAACCUGCCCAUCGUCAUUGCCGUGGUCAUCUUCGCUGUACUUGGUGGUAUCUUUGUGUCCAAGACGGGACUGCCCACGCCGCCCAUAUUUGCCGGUGCGCUGCUCGGGACCGUGGGCUGCGGCCUCGUUUACACGCUCGACAUUGACACAUCUAACCCAUUUGCGGUGUCGCCCUGA